UCCACGGGUUCAAAAAUGAAUGUCAAAGUGAUAACUCCUUGCAGUCCUCUUAUAUGUCUCUCUGUUCUUGUGUUAGCAGUCAAGAAAAAGGAAGUUAAAGCCACUGGACCAACCUUUGCUCGGCUCUCCCUUUUCAACUAUAUUCCUCACAACUCUAUCAAUGACAAGCUUUCUUACACAGAUCAACUCAGAUUCCUCGACAAAACAGCAAUCAUGACUCCCCAAGACCAUGUGAAUGCAGAUGGAUCGCUAGUGGAAGAAGCGAUAUGCUUGUUGAGAGUGGUUCCUCUAUGGGCAGCUGCUAUCAUAUACUAUUUUGCUAUAGUUCAACAGCACACCUAUGGAGUCUUCCGAGCAGUUCAAAGCCACAGACGCAUCGGAAACAGCAACUUCAAGAUACCAGCCGCAACAUAUAUAUAUUGUGCUCUUGAUGCUAAGUUUAAGCAUUUUCAUAUCUAUCUAUGACCGGAUUUUUGUCCCUUUUCUGCGAAGGAUUACAGGUAAAGAAGGUGGCAUCACGAUCCUUCAAAGAAUCGGCACUGGCAUCUUUCUCACCAUUGCAGCAAUGUUAGUCUCUGGCUUAAUUAGUCGAAGAGAAGCAAGGGACUAUAGCUCUUACCAAGCCGACUCAAAGAAGAGGUGCCAUCUGAUCAAUGUCGGCUUUAUGGUUAACUCUUCCGCUAUCUUUAGCAGGAACAGCAGAGGCAUUUGGUUCCAUUGGACAGACUGAAUUCUACUACCAGCAGUUUCCUGAGAAGCAUUGGAGGGUCUCUCUUUCAUUGUGGCAUAGCAGGCCUCAAGUUAUCUGGGUAGUUUUUUUUUUAUUGCUAUAUAUGCCACUGAAGUGAAAAAUUUUGAUCAUUUCUUUAGGAAGAAGACGACUCUUUUUAACAUUUAAUUCAUGCUAAUUUUAUAAUCAACAAAAUAUUUUACUA